CAACCAGGCACGUUGGAGAGGCACACACGGAGACUGGGGCGCACCGGAGACACAGAGCAGGAAUUGCAGAGGCAGAGGCGCACGGGCGCACGGUCGGUUUUCGCCUUCCCGCAUACCGGGGAAGUCCCGCGUCCGUCCCCGCCACCGGAGCGCAGGCUUUUUUUUUUUUUAAACGGGGCUUUGUCAGUACCUUUACUCGGAACACGACUGUAGCAGAAGCCUUUUGCUCCCUGUUUUUCAAAUUUCUCCCCGUUUUGUGUUUUUUUUUUGCUUCCCCACAUUUAGCGGGUGCAGACGCUGAGGUUGAGCCAGAGGAGCGGCUCUUAAGGCUCAAGUGGGUGGACGGUCCUCCAGCCGAGGCGUCGCGGAGGAGCGCAGAUGAAGCGCGGAGACGCCGCUCGGUGACGGCUGCUGACGGCUCCUUGACCCGGGCGAGAAGAGGGACUUGAGCCCUGCGCCAGCCCGCCAGCCAUCCCGCGGUGACACCCCGCAAACAGCUCCGCCAGGCUCUGCCUCACACCAGGGCCAUGGGCAGGAGACAGAGGCAGGGGGAAGAGAGAGAAAAAGUCUGUGAGCUCUCCACUGCAGUAUUGAUGACCCAAUGAUCCCCUGCAGAACAGAGCCAGUCAGGCAGACCGAGUCAGACUCAACUCAGAAUCAGAAACCCCGGCCGUUUGGUCGGAGCGACCGACUGAGCGGGCUGUGAAUGGUGUUAAAAUCUUCUGCCCCUACAAGCUGUUGAAAGCGUUGCGCGCAGACAGCUGAGGCCAUCUCUCCUCGUCCUGCCUCACUACCUGCAGAACUGUCCACUGGAUGAGUCGCUUGGUGGAUCCUCUGCAUUCAGGCCAAACUGGCGCUCCAGCGGGGCGUGGGGAGACUCGGACCGAGAAAAAGGAUUGUGGCAUUGGACUGGAGGGACUGGAAAGACCCGAGUGCUGGACAGGGGAGCUCACACUCCAUGGCGCGUUCCAGGAUCCCUUUCGUGAUGGACUGGCACUUGUGACCUCGGACGUCCCCCCCGCCUCUCCAUCCGCCCUGGCAACUGGUGCUCGUCUGCAGGAAAGGCUGGGGCACGGCACCCACCUGCAGAAUCACCCCGAGACCUGCAUGACGGCCGAGGUGGACACGUUUUCAGAGACGCUCAGAAAUAUGCAAACACAUGUAGACCCGGAGGUGCAUGCAGAGGCUUUCUCUAACCCACACAUGGACAACUGUGGACUCGUGGAAAUCAACAACCGCACUGAUUCUAUAGACUCAGAGCUCUCUAAAGCUCCCACACUAGAGGCCAUGAACACCACCUCACCUCAGACUUUGCCCUUGGCGAUUGGCAAUCAUCCCGCACCUACCGAUCCCCUGGAGGCCCCCGCGCGGACCGUGGAGUUCGACACGCCCUCAAACUAUAGUCCAGUCCUCUCCGGGCCUAACCCAAUAACGGUCUCCUCUUCUCUCCCCGUAGAGACGGAGAAGAAGUAUGCACUCCGCAGCUCUGGCCGCCCUCGCUUCCCCUUGCACCUGCGCAAAUCCUCUCGCCUGCACCGUAGCAUGGAGGAUGGGGGAAAAGGAGCGGCCAGGGACAGAGGAAGAGAAGAGGAGGAAACAUUAGAGGACAAGGUCCUUAGGGUUAAAGAGGAGGAAUCCACUGCUGGCGAUAAAGAGGAGCCUUCUUCGGUGGAGGCGGUUCUACCCCCACCUACCUGCCAUAAAGAGCCCCCUCUUACCCCAGUCGAGCCUAAACCUGCUCCCAAACCUCUGCCUAAACCCGGGCCCAGACUCGGGCACAGACCUGGACCUAAAUCCAGGUGUAAGCCCCCACUGAAGUAUGUGCAUAAAGCAGCUCCGAAGAGCAUUUUAAAGCAGCGUCUUGCAGCACAGGCCCUCCGCCAGUGUGCUGCCUCUCCUCUGUCCUUUGAAUCUGCCCCAUCUGCUCCUUUGUUGACUAUGAAGGAAGAACCCGAUGCAAACCUGGGGGUCUGUCCUCCCAGUAACAGCAAAAAAGGCCGUUAUGUUGGUGUAAGGAAGAUUGUUGUAAAGGUGCCUCGCAUUCCUUUCAGCCUUAGCCGCCGACAGAAGAGCUAUAAAAUCUCCAGUUUGGAAACAGUUACUGGAGCCGAGAAGAGUAACGACGGCAGUCCGGAGGGGUCUGAGGCAACGCGAGAGCCGACUGCGCUGCUACGCAUGAAGAACAACGGGAAAAGCGUAAUGGUGAUGUUCCCUCCUGGAGAGCUCCCCGUGAUCCUCAAGCGCAGGCGGGGACGGCCGCCUAAACAGCCUUUACCGGGAAUACAGGUCGAAGUGCCCAACGCUGGGACCCCUGCAGUUACUGGGGACCAGCCCAAGAAGCCCAGGAGGCGGCGUCGGACUAAACUCCCUUGUCCGUAUCCCUCCUAUGUUAAUGACACGAAUGAUGUGAAAACUGAAUAUGGGGAUGUUCUCUCCAAAUUGGCAUUUUUAAACCGCCAGCCCCCUGCCACUGGCCGCUGCUCCCCUCCUCGUUGUUGGACUCCGAGCGAGCCAGAGAGCUUUCACACCCCCUUGGAAAACCCUGGAAUAUCCACCCUGCUUCACAGGCUCACCGGGUCGAGACGCCCCAGAGGCGGCAGAGGAGGGGGGCUUGGCAGAGGCGGAGGAGCAGCGGGGGGCAUCAUGGGAAGCGAAUGCAAUAAGAGUACAUUCAGUGACUUCUUUGAAUCUAUUGGAAAGAAGCGGAAACUGAACCUCCUGUCUCAGCACGGAUUACCCAGGAAAAGACGGAAGGGUGUGGGAGGAGGGGUGGGCAGGGGAGGGGGCAUGGUGGGAACGGAGCCUGGCGGGGAAAAAAUUGUCAGAAGGAGACGAAUGAGAAAAAACGGAGCAUUUAAAGGGGGAGGGAUGUCCAUCGGGCAGGAAUGGCCCAACGGAACGGGUGGAUGGGAGGAGGAGGGGGCUAUGGAUAAGGAAAGAGCUUUGGGUGGGUAUCAACUCUGUGGAUCUCCAAGGGGAGGCUUUUCCAGUUGUAACGUUGGACGAGGAGGGCCCUACAGCGGUCCAGGUGGAAACAAACUGAGUGGGCUCACAGGAGAGGACUCACAAGGACUAUUUGCCGGUUACUUUCGAUCCCUGCUUGAUUCUGAUGACUCCUCAGACCUGCUGGACAUCUCCUCCCAGUCAGACCCCCGCAAAUCUUCAUCCUCUACCUAUGAUCCGUCCAGUUCAGCUGCCUCUCACAAUUGGUCUCCUCCAUUCCCCAAGUGGAGCACUAAAGGAGCAAAUGCAGGGGUGGAGGGUCCAGCACAUCUGCACAGCUCCUCUGCGAGGCCCCCGUAUAGUUACGGAAGCUUAGCCCAAAUAUCUCCCACCACCUCUUCAUAUCCGAAAUCCACUCCGCCAUCUCUCUCACACUCUCCCAGCUCCCCCCAUCCAGCCUCUUAUGGUCACUACCCCUCUGGUUACUCCUGCUCUCCUCCCGUAGGGCCGCAGAGGUCCUCAGACUGCAGCUUUGGAUAUGGGUCCCCUCAUGGCAGUGGCAAAGGGACUCCUGCCAGUCAGACUGGUCAUUCUAAUUACCACGGAGCAACCAAGAGAGGCUACAGUGGCUAUGCAGCAGUGAGCCAUUCCCCCAUGGGGAGGGGGGAGUUAGCAGGACCCACGUCACCAGGAGGAGGGUACAUGUCUGUGGCCAAAGGUAGUCCCUUCAGCUGCUCUGCACCAGAGGGUUACAAGCAGUACAACUCCAGCCAGUGGAGCUGCAGGCAAGCUUUUGGUGGCUGGUCAGCCGACAACUUCGGUUCUCAGUAUCAUGCAUAUAGUGAAUAUGGCUCCAAUGAGUCCAAAGACAUCUUGGAUAUCUCCAACUACACCCCUCAGAAGGCUAAGAGGCAACCGUUUCCUGAGAGCCUGUCAGAAUCCUCCUCGGACUCGUCACAUGUUGGCUCAGCAGCGCCUGUUACUGGACCCAGCUCCACCAGUGGAGGCUUUAAGCAGAACGAGGCUGGCUUUGUGGGUGGAGGCCAGUCGAGUCUGUCCAGUCUGGAGAAACUAAUGAUGGACUGGCACGAAAGUGCUUCAGGACCAUCGUACAACUGGAGCCAGGAUGUACUUUUCCAAGGCGGGGGGACCAGCAAACCCGGCCGCGGGCGCAGAAAACGGACUGAACCGCAGUUAGAAAAGGAAGGAGGUUCUGCCUUACAUUCUGAUUCCCCGUCUACCCCUUCCCCAACACCUGCUCCUGGACCUAAGCGGGGAGGGGCUGGAGGACGGGGCAGAGGCUCUAGAGGAGGUAGAGGAGGCCUGUCUCCAUGUCAGAGAGAGCGUCCACCUGGGUCCAAAGGCAGAGGAAAGACGGCCUCUGCGUCAGGAGCAGGACUGAUGGUGUCGGCUGGAGGUCCAGAGGGAUCUGGGUUGUUCCAAGAGGGCUUGGAUUAUUACAGCGGAGACAGUAGCAGUCUCUCUCCCCUGGCCACUCCUAAUCCUGCUCCACCUUCCAGCUACCUCCAGGACACCUGUGAGUACCCCUCCCCUUACUCAGCCCAUCCCUCCACACCAUCCUCUGAAGAGCGAUAUCCAGCCUUAUACCCUGGUGAAUCCUCCUCCUCCCUCUCACCCAGUGUGUCGUCUCCCCCUUACCCUCCCAAGCCCACCCCUCCUCCGACCCAGUCCUACCACCUUCUCCCCUCCAGGACCUUUUCUCCCUCCUGCUCCCCUUCGCCACGUCUAACCCCCCACUGCGGCACAGCGCUCAGCCCCUCGCACCGACCUCCUCCAAAAGACACCCAGUUCUCGCAGUAUGACUCCCCCAGCUACUGCAGCUCUCCUUACUGGUACGGACAGACGUCGCACAGCGGCAGCCCCAGCCCGCACUCAAACACAGCCCUGCACGGCCACAGCAAUCCACACGCAAGUCCGCACGGCAACGCACACCCUAACUCCCUCACCAGCCCAACCGCAAACACGCACGCACACAUGUGUGACACACAACAUCAGAGCCACACGAACAUGAGCUCGCACACCAGCACUCACGCAGCCUCUCACCUCCAAAGCAGUCAGCACCACCUUAACGCUCACCUCUCCUCCCACGCUCAUCCCAAUCCCAGCCCUGGCCUGCACUCCCACUCAACGCCCGGGCUGUACGAGGAGCGCAGCCCUCCCUCUGCCAUGGCCCCCCACAAGCGGGAUUUGGUCCCUCACAGCAUGAGCACAGGCCUUCGCCAGGGUCCCCUCCCUCACUCCCCCUACUCCAAACCUCCUCUAGACGCCUCGCCCCAUCAGGAGGACACCUGUGGCUACUCCCUGCCCCAGCAAUCCUAUCAGGGCGUGGGACACCGCUACCCCUCGCAGGCCGCUCAGGGCGGGGGGGUGUUGUGCCAGCUCCUGGAGCCAGCCAGCGAUGACAGCUUCAGCGUCACCAGCCUGUAACAGCAGGUUCAACUCAAGCUUUUACAGAUUUCCAAACAUAUUUUUUAAGGGGACUUCUUUGUGUGAGACUGAACUGAAGGGUGAGAAUUUAGCUGCCAGCUUUGGACAGUAAAGCUUUAAUUCUCCAGCACUGACAAUCAAGAUCAACCCAUGAAACUCAAGCAUGCACGUACAUAGAAAAAAAAUAAAAAAUUAAAAAACACACACACACAGACACUCACUCUCAGACAAACACGCACAGAGGCAAAUAAAAUACACACAGAAACGCAUGUGCAGAUUAGAUCACUACCUAACCAUGAUCAUACGUGAGCACUCGGCCCUGGAAUAAGGGAACGGCCAAGAGGAGCUGACAGACGAACUCCAGACGCCCGUGGACUGAGUCGAACCUAUUUCCCCAUCCCUUUGGGUCCUUCUGUGACAAAUGCAGUAUCUCGCCGAGUCCUUUCCAUUUCUGUUCUGCAGUAUAGACAAAUUAGGAUCACUCUGCUUUCUCUCUCUCUCUCUCUCUCUCUCGCCCUUUCUGUUUCUGUCUCCAAAACUUCCCCCAUCUACCGCUAAAGCCAGCUGCAAUGUUCUGCACUCAAACCACUCAACUGUCUUGUGCCGCAACCUGAGCCCAAAAAUCGACUUUUUUUUCUUCUUCUUUUCUUAAAAAAAUACCAUCAGCCUAGCCAAACGUCCCGCUCUGUGCACUUCGUCUUGAUGUUUGUGUCCCAUAAGAGAAAAAGCGGACAAAAUCAGUUUCUGCUCUUGAAAUACCAGCAUCUGUACAUACGACUUCAGCUCCAAGCCCGCGGAGGGAGGGGGGGAGACGGCGGCGGGAUGGGGGGAGCCAUCAUCAACUUUCCCCUCUUCUGCGUCUUGGUUCCGUGGUUUCUCCGCUCUGAUGGGGAGGGGGAAGAGGAGUAGGAGGACUGCAGCUUGGAGACUCGACAUCCUGUGUUUUGCUGUUUUAACUACAAGGGAAAGAGACACUGAAAUUACACAACGGCCCCAAAGAGACCCUUGUUUUUUUGUGUGUGUGGACGCCAGACAGGAUGGAUUUGCGUGACUGCAGUGAUGCAUGUAUAUGUGAGUUUGUUUGCUUUUUUUCCCCCUAUGUGUGUGCGUGCGCGUGUGUGUGCGUGCGCGUGUGUGCGUGUCCGUGGGGUCAAAAGGAUUUGGGCUCCAGAGACGACAAAGUCUUGGCGGGGCCUCAUUUCUUUGUUUCACUCUCUCCCUUCUUUUUUCCGUGGUCUUGUGUUGUUUGGUGGUUUUUGUGCUGCAAAAAAAAAAAAAUGUAUAUCUGUCUGUUACAUAUCAUGUAUGUAUCUGAGGUGCAAAAUAUUUAAAUACACAUUAUGUUCUUGCCAUUGGUAAA